AUGCAGUCGCUCAGCAUCACCCCGGGGCAGUUCUCGGGGCUGCUGCGGGACCACAGCCCGACACGGGAGCAGUGCAUCGCGCUGUUCGGGCUGCGGCCGCUGGUCUACACCCCGCAGCUGCCUGGGCGCGCCAAGCUGGCCUUCGCGCUCCCCGGCGUGCUCAUCUUCGCCCUGGCGCUCUUUGGCAACGCGCUGGUGGUCUACGUGGUGACCCGCAGCGAGGCCAUGCGCACCGUCACCAACAUCUUCACCUGCUCCUCGGCGCUCAGCGACCUGCCCAUCGCCUUCUUCUGCAUGCCGGUCACUAUGCUCCAGAACAUCUUCAACAACUGGCUGCGGGAGUCUAGGCCUUGGGCCCACAGCAUGAGCAUCACCUGGAACCUUGUUAGAAAUGCAGUCUCAGUCCCCAUUCCAGAACUACGGAAUCAGAAUCUGCAUUUUAACAAAAUUCCCUAUGUGGUCCAAAUUCACAAGGAAAUGUUGGAGGUUCACGAGGAUCAGUGUGAAGCUGGAGGAAAGGGCCUGCAAGAGGCAGGGACCAAGGAUGCAGAGAGGUCAGCAGCAGUAACUAAGCAGUGGUCUGUUCACGCACAUGAUCUGGUGAGCACGGGGCCGCACUACCUCAAAUCUCCACCUUCCAUCUUCAUUGCACUCUGUCAACAGAUUACAAGAAUUGAGAUUAAGUAUAACUUCUUAUAUGAAAAAGAGCACAUCUGCUGCUUGGAAGAGUGGACCAGCCCUGGGCACCAGAAAAUCUAUACUACCUUCAUCCUUGUCAUCCUCUUCCUCUUGCCUCUUAUGGUGAUGCUUAUCCUGUACAGUAAGAUCGGCUAUGAACUUUGGAUAAAGAAAAGAGUGGGAGAUGGCUCAGUGCUUCGAACUAUUCAUGGAAAAGAAAUGUCAAAAAUUGCCAGGAAGAAGAAGUGAGCUGUUGUUAUGAUGGUGACAGUGGUGGCUCUCUUUGCUGUGUGCUGGGCACCUUUCCAUGUUGUUCACAUGAUGACUGAAUACAGCAGUUUUGAAAAGGAAUAUGAUGAGGUUACAAUCAAGAUGAUUUUUGCUGUAGUUCAAAUAAUUGGAUUUUCCAAUUCCAUCUGUAAUCCAAUUGUUUAUGCACUUAUGAAUGAAAACUUCAAAAAGAAUUUUUUAUCUGCAGUUUAUUAUUGCAUAGUAAAAGAAACCUUAUCCCCAGCACAAAGUCACGGAAAUUCAGGAAUUACGAUGAUGCAGAAGAAAGCAAAGUUCUCCCAGAAGGAGAACAAAGGAGAAGCAUUCAGCGAUGGCAACACUGAAGUCAAGUUGUGUGAACAACACGAGGAGAAAAAACAUCUCAAACGACAUCUUGCCCUCUUUGAUUCUGAACUUUCUGAGAUUUCUGCUUUAGGCAGUGGGCAUUAA